AUGGAAUUGCCUCAGCCUUUCUCAGUGAUAGUUCAUCCCCUCAGAUCGCCAACGGAGCCCCAUGCUUACUCAUGCGCCUACGAGCGCGGCAAUACAUCGUCUCGAAAUGCUCUUGUAUAUAUCGGAGGUCUUACAGGCGGGCUACAUACAGCUGUGGAACUUAUGCACCAUUUGUUGCUGGCUCUUGAGGAUGCCGAGUUAGGAUAUUCGAUAUGGGAAUCUCGCAUGCGCAGCUCGUACGCCGGGUGGGGCUACUCGAGUCUCGAGAACGAUGCUGAAGACAUCGCUGCGCUCGUAAAUUAUUUGAUCGGUCUCGGCAAGAAAAGAGUUGUGCUGUUGGGCUCCUCGACUGGUUGUCAGGGUUGUAUGAAGUACAUAAAGGCGCUCGAGAAAGGCGCCCCCAAGGUUGACGCAUACAUACUACAAGCACCAACCUCAGAUCGAGAGACAGCGAAGAUGUUGAUGCCGCCUGACUUCUACCGCCGUACGCUUGAGUUUAGCAAAGACCUCAUUGGUAUAGGUAAUGCAGACGGAAUCAUGCCUAGAGACUUGAUCCCUGACGUCUUCACCUCGCCGAUAUCAGCAUAUCGCUGGCACUCGCUGAUUGCGAAAGGAGGGGACGAUGAUUACUUCUCGGAUGACGUUGACGAUACCGUGCUCGCGAAGACGUUUGGCCACAUUAACAAGCCAACUCUCAUCAUGCCCUCGGAGAACGAUGAGAUGAUGCCACCCUUUUUUUCCAAACGGGAACUGCUUCGCAAAUGGAUACAAGCAUCACCAAAAAGAAUAGUAAGCCAGCUUUCAGAUGUCGUGCCGCAGGCAGAUCAUACUUUGUCUUCGACGGAGUCGCGGCGGUGGUUUGCUGAUCGCGUCGUGCGUUUCUUGGGCUCUUUGGAAGGCGGAUACGCUCAGUGAUUUCUGAAAUCUCUACGGCAAUGAGAGGGGGUCAUAAAACUUCUCGGAACAUCUGAAUAAACGUAAGUGUACUGGUGGUGAGAAGAAGGUAAGAGGUAGCCGAGGUUACACAUUGAGGGAAGUGUACGUCAUCCGUUCCUGGAACAUCAAGCUCCACUGUCUAGACAUCACACAAUCAGGUUCUUCCUUAGCAUAUCAAUCCAAAUAUUCUAGCUCAGUUUCGUAGUGUAUCUUCAUACAUCUAGCAUUCCUAACUACCUAAUGCUGGUUCAAACAAGCGCGCUGGCACAAACAACAUCCAUCAAUAACCAAUUGCUAUACC